AUGGCCCCAGCGGCGAAGACCUACCGCAUUGCUCGCAAGCAGCGACAGCAAGAGCGUGUUGUUGAGGAUUCUCCUACGGCUACAGAGGAAUUGUACGAAGAGCAGCAAGAAGCACCUGUUGAGGAUCGUUCUACUGAUGUUGAGGGUUUUCUAGGCGGAUCCCAUGACACAUCAGUUCUGAGAGAUUAUGAAAAUCAUAUUGCUAUCAGAAUAUGGAAUGGAGAGGAACGUCCUGAGUUGAAGUUAUCUUCCCAUGAAAGGAAGAUGGCUAAGUUCAGGAGGUUGGCUCUAGAGAUUGAAGGCCUUGUGGCUGUUAGCGGACUAAGUCCUGUGAUCGCAUGUUCCCUAGAUACGGGCGAUCGAAGACUAAUGUUCGCUUUUGUGGAACGUUGGCAUAAGGAAACUAGUAGUUUCCAUUUGCCCGUCGGAGAGGUGACUAUCACCUUGGAUGACGUGGCAUUGUUGCUACAUUUGCCUAUCGUAGGAGCAUUCCACAGCUUUGAGCAACUUCAUGUCGGUGAUGCUGUCGAGAUGUUGGUUGAAUUACUCGAGAGUGCGACUUAUGCUUGGGGCGCUGCUGCACUUGUGCACAUGUAUGAUAAUUUAAAUGAGGUGUCGAAAAGCACGGCGAGGCAGCUUGCAGGAUAUAUCACCCCGUUACAGUGUUGGAUCUACAAGCAUUUUUCGUCUGUUGGCUCUGCCCUAGCUGCCGAGGAUUAUGAUGAGAGGAGAUCAUGCACAUGCCAAUGGAUCUCUGGCAAGGCAUUGCCCGUGUCGACAUAUCACAGGUGUCUGGACAGACUAACCCCUGACGUAGUGUGUUGGAUUCCAUAUGGUGAUCAUCGCUCAUUUAGAGAAUUUGAGGUCAUCACGUUUUUCGGCCAUCUCAGAUGGGGUCCCUUGACGGUCAUUCACUGA